AUGGCUGAAUGUGCCCCAGGGUCUGUGUACCAUGUCAUGGCUGUAUGUGCUCCAGGUUCUGCUUGUAUCAUCAUGGUUGUAUGUGCCCAAGGGUCUGUGUAUCAUCAUCAUGGUUGUAUGUGCCCCAGGGUCUGCUUGAAUCAUCACCAUGGCUGUAUGUGCCCCAGGGUCUGUGUACCAUGUCAUGGCUGUAUGUGCUCCAGGUUCUGCUUGUAUCAUCAUGGUUGUAUGUGCCCAAGGAUCUGUGUAUCAUCAUCAUGGCUGUAUGUGCCCCAGGGUCUGCUUGAAUCAUCACCAUGGCUGUAUGUGCCCCAGGGUCUGUGUACCAUCAUGGCUGUAUGUGCCCCAGGGUCUGUGUAUCAUCAUGGUUGUAUGUGCCCAAGGAUCUGUGUACCACAUAGCUGUGUGUGCCCCAGGGUCUGCAUGUACCAUCGUCUGGCUGUAUGUGCCCCAGGGUCUGCUUGUAUCGUCACCAUGGCUGUAUGUGCCCCAGGGUCUGUGUACCACAUGGCUGUAUGUUCCCCAGGGUCUGUGUACCACAUGGCUGUAUGUGCCCCAGGGUCUGUGUACCACAUGGCUGUAUGUUCCCCAGGGUCUGUGUACCACAUGGCUGUAUGUGCCCCAGGGUCUGUGUACAAUCAUGGCUGUAUGUGCCCCAGGAUCUGUGUACCACAUGGCUGUAUGUGCCCCAGGAUCUGUGUACCACAUGGCUGUAUGUGCCCCAGGGUCUGUGUACCACAUAGCUGUGUGUGCCCCAGGGUCUGCAUGUACCAUCAUCAUGGCUGUAUGUGCCCCAGGGUCUGCAUGUUUCAUCAUCAUGGCUGUAUGUGCCCCAGGGUCUGUGUACCAUCGUCAUGGCAGACGGAUGUAUGCCUGACCCCAUAUGGGUUAUCUCUACUACAUUUGUGCAAUGACUACUGUUGUGAAUGUAAGUGAAAUCAAAUAAACAUCUCAUCAACUUACA